AAUACUUGCACGCAUAUUAAGCAGCACACAGUCAUUGCCGGCGAGUUGAGGAGUGAUAAAUCUUUGAUAUUUGAGUGAAAACAUUACUAGAUUCGCUGUCAUUCGAGAGUAACACACCACUAUGGAUAACAGGAGUGUAAUAUUAAGCAAUGGAGAGUGUAGCCAAGACUCCCUGAUGUCUGCUUUGAACAAAUUUGUGCAUGCAGUCGAUUCAAUGGACGUCACUGUUAUGAUUCCCAAUCGACUCAAAGAUAUGGAAGUUACCGCCUCAAAUAUACCCGUGGUAGCCGAGGAGAACAAUAACAAGGCACUGUUACCUACUGUAAAACAAGGUACGGACUUAUAUAGUUUUUAUUCUCUUCUCAAAACGGUGAAAACAGACUUGACAGUCGGCCCGCAUAGAGUGCAGUCAGCUGUUUUGGGCGAUACGGAAGAGGCCCCCGAAGGGGAACUCGAAAAUACUCAUACAGAAGAAUCUGCUAAGAAAACCGCAGCAGCUUUCCGGCAUCAUUUGUCAGGUAUAUUUAGAUUGUUACAUCAAAUGACUGACACUGCUAACUAUUUAACAAAUCGGUACGAGUCGGAAGUGGGCGGGAAAUCAUCUCAAAGUCCCUCACUGGCCCCCUUCGCUAUCUGACUGUGUGGCUGAGGACAACACCCUUAUAACUCCUUGACGACCCGGAGAACGCAUGAAAGAUUCCCCAGAAUUAUAACGAUGCUAAGGGUUACUUGACAGGGCGUGUCACCACAAAAGAAGUUCAUAAAGGAACAAGUGAGGUUCGUGACUCGUUUGAUCCACCAGAACGUCGUUUUAUAGACAUUCUACUGCCAGCCAGCAUCACAUACCCAUCCUCGGACUAGGAACCGCCAAUAAGGCUAAUUAACUAUAAAGUGUGGUCCAGUGUGAUGUGUUCUCGCGCUCUUUCGUCCAGAAACCAUGGACAUCCUGUGAUAUACUUUUCAAUGUACUAUGGUUUUAAACCGUACUAUUGCUCAAAAACGAAUCCCUUUUUAUUUUCUAUUUUCUAUGUUGGAAAGACGGUCGACUUGUACACAAUGUAACACAUUGCUAUCUCUGCUUGCAAUAUAAUAAGCAUGUUACCGUUUACGGUGCCAUAAACGAACAGUGCUGUGCAUACGAUAAAUUUGGUUUUACCGUAACUAUUAAUCCAUGACGAUACAGCUCAUCGACGGUUAGCUAAUGUUUACAUGGUUCUCGUUGCCAAAAUAGAUCGUAUGAUUAAACGUGUGUAUGAGUAUGUGCGUGGAUAUGGAGAACAUGUGGUUUGUGAUCAGCUGUUCAAUGUGCGACUCCUUUGCAUUGAGUUUACGACACAAAAAGGUACAUUAUAAACUCUGGAAAUUUCUCAAUGGUUGAAAUUAUUAUAAGUUAAAGAAAACAAAAGUGAAAUAACCAUAUGUGUGUAACAAGGAUAUAAACGAAUGAAGCUUCAUAAGCUAGGUUCAGAAGAUGACAUUUUUUGUUUGAACCAGGUAGUUACCGUUUUAUUCGUGUAUGAACUUUGUACCUGGUCAAUAAAGAACAGAAUACGUUGACAAUAAAUCCAGCACGACGUCUUAGAGCAGCUAGGUGUUAUAUAUACACAAUACUGUAGUUAUAACUUAUUUAUUUACUUACAAAAUGAAGUUGUGUUCAUUUUAAUGUGUUGAAUGAUAUGUGUAUAAUUGUGUUGUGAUGAAAAUGAAUGAAUGUUAUAAACGUUCAAGAUUAUCUUUGUUAUUCACAGAACUUUAGCAAGUUCUCAACUUCGCCUUAUAAAUUUAUAUAUAUAUGUCUACAUUAAAAAGGUGAAAACUUCAA